GACAACAAAAGCACUGCAAACCCUUCGUUCACAAUUACUUGCUGAUUUCUCGAAGUGUACUCAAACGUCAAAGUUUUCUCCAAACGAUACAACUGAAAGAUAUCUUCAUGGUGUUUGGGAAAAGCAAAACGGGAUUCAAUUUUGUUCACCAGGACCAGAUCUGGAAAGACCACAUCGGCCACGAGCACAGUGCAUCAAAACGUUGGCCCGAGAACUGGGGUUUUCUGAUCGGACAGUACAAGAUUUUGGCAAAUGAAGAUGAAAGUGUUGCAAAUGGAGCGGCCGCAGUAAGAGUAAAGCAACGACGUGAGGCUCUAAAGCUACCACCCAUUGACGCUAGUGUAGCGUCACAACUGUCAGUCGGCAAGUCAAAUGCAAAAUUUCCAACUAAGACAUCUGAAGAGGUUGGUUGGAGAUCAACUCAACCAUCUUGCAACUUGGAAAGAUAUGGACGAUACACAAAAUUCAAGUCAUCGUUCCUUGGACAAAUGAAAUGGCCCCCAGAAGCAGUAGAUUAAUAAUUAUUAAUUGCUAUUUCCACUCACACGGAUGAUAAUGUUAGUGUUAAGUUUUCAAAUGGGUUGUUGAUUAAGCAUCUCACGCAUUGUACAUGGCUUAUUAUGCAAUAGAGGCUAUUUAAUGGUUGUAGGCAACGGCCUGGUUUUUCUCAGGUUUCUCUCAGGUUUCAACCAAAAUAGUUAAAUGCCAUCAAUGGCUUAUGAGAGGUAGAAUUUUCCAACUAGCAGGACACUUAAACUAAACUACUAAAAUGUUUAAAAAAUUUCUUCUUGUAUUAACAAACUUAGUGGUAAUUUAUUUUGAAACAUAUCUUCUUACCAUCAAGGCCAAGAGAUUGUUAAUUAUUUUUUUAAAUCUGACAAUUGGAAGUGAACAAUUGAUGGCAUUGUUACUUGGAUGUAUUGAGUGUUAUUUAUUUUAAUACUCUCAUUCUCUCAUACGAAUGUACUUCAAUUAUUUUUGACUAACUAAAAUAGCUAUGGUGUUAUAGCAAAAAUGUCUGAUUGUAAAAAGACAUUUGGAAAACAGGGAGAAUAUUUUUUUUUCAUUUAGGAUUGAAGUGUUAACCCUUUAAUUCCCAGAAGUGAUUCACAUGUAACUUCUCCCAACAAUAUCCACCCACUAUCAAGCAAACAGGUAAUGAGAGUUGUCACAUAUUCAGGUAAAAGUUUUUA